UUCGCAUUUUUACAAACAUGGCCACCAAUAUGAUCAUCAAGCUCAUCUUUCUUUCUCUUUGCAUUUUCACAAUUUUCAUCUCUUCUUCUUCUGCCAUUUCCUCAUGCAACGGCCCUUGUCAAACCUUGGACGAUUGUGACGGCCAACUUAUAUGCAUAAGAGGAAAAUGCAACGAUGACCCUGAUGUUGGUACAAACAUUUGUAACAACUCUCCUCCUGAUCCCAACAAUUGCCAGCCAUCUGGUCAAGUCAAUUGCCACGGAACUCAUCCUAUAUACCGGUGUUCGCCUCCUGUCACAGGCUCCACCUCCGCCAAACUUACCCUUAACGAUUUCAGUGAAGGCGGAGAUGGUGGCGGACCAUCAAAAUGUGAUGAUCAAUAUCAUGAUAAUAAUGAAAGAAUAGUAGCAUUGUCUACUGGUUGGUACGCUGGAGGUUCAAGAUGUGGAAAAAUGAUACGUAUUAGGGCAAAUAAUGGGAAGAGUGUAACGGCUAAAGUUGUGGAUGGAUGUGACUCAACUACUGGUUGUGAUGCUGAACAUGGUUAUCAGAGACCGUGUAAAUAUAACAUAGUGGAUGCUUCAGUUGCUGUGUGGAGAGACUUGGGGUUAGAUACAGAUACGGGUGUAGUUCCUAUUACUUGGUCCGUGGCUUAGGAUAUAGUACAAGUACUUGAAUAAACGUGUCAUCUUACAUGUAACAAGAUGGACAUUAGAGUGAUCAAUUAGCUAUGACAUAAUAAUCUAAAUUAUGUGUAAUUCCAAGAAAACUUUGGUGAUAUUAAGCAAAACAAUAUCCUAGUUUA